AUGUCUGUGGGCCAGCAGAGCAGAAUCUUCAGCUCCAGCUCCUCUCAGGGUGGACGGACACAGAGGCGCUCCGUCGGCAGGUCUUUCCAGAACCACACACCCAGCGUGUACGGAGGAGCGGGUGGAUUCGGGACCCGCAUCUCCCAGUUCUCCUCCUCGUCCUGCUAUUCUGGGUCUUUGGGUUCUGAUGAGGUCCGUGUGACGGACGGAGGGAAAGUCAGGAUGCAGAACCUCAACAACCGGCUGGCCUCCUACCUGGAGAAAGUGCACUCCCUGAAAAAGAAAAACAAGGACCUGGAGCUGAAUAUCAACAAAUUCUAUGUGAAACAUACGGUGGCGCCCAACGACUACAGCAACUACUUCUCAAUCAUCCAUGACCUGAGAGUCCAGAUCGCUAAGAUGCGCUCUGAGAACCAGAGCAUCAUCCUGCAGGUGGACAGCGCCAAACUGGCCGCUGAGGACAUCAGGAUGAAGUAUGAGCUGGAGCUCAGCGUGCAGAAGAUGGUGGAGGCUGACUUGUUUCGUCUCAGAGGGAUCCGGGACAGCCUGACUCUCAUCAACAGCAGCCUGGAGACCAGCGCGGAAAACCUGAAGGAGGAGCAGGCAUGCAUGAGCAGAAACCACAAGGAGGAGCUGGAGCAGGUGAGAGCUCAGGGUAUCGGUGAUGUGAACGUGGAGGUGGACAGCACCAAGUCGGCUGAUUUGACCCAGAUCCUGGAGGAGAUGAGGGUGCAGUACGACGCCGUGAUGAAGAACAACAAAAUGGAGGUGGAGACCUGGUUCCAGUCCAAGGUGGAGACGCUGCAGCAUCAGAUCUUCUCCUGCUCAACUGAAGUGAAGACGUACCACACGGAGAUCUCUGAGCUGAAGAGAACCUACCAGACCUUGGAGAUUAAUCGUCAGGCCCUUCAGGCUGAGGUUCAGGGUCUGCAGAGGAAUCUGGUCGAGGUGAACGGUCAGUAUGCCUUUCGGCUCAGCCAGCAUCAGGAGACCAUCUCCACGAUGGAGACGAAGCUGCAGGAGAUGAAGGCCUCUCUGGAGCAGCUGCAGAUCAAAUACACCCUGCUGCUGGAGCUGAAGCCACGACUGGAGAUGGAGAUCGAGGAAUACAGGAGGCUGCUGGAAGGAGACAAGUUCCAGAAAAAGAAGAAGGCUGUGAUCAUCACCAAAGUCACCAGUGAAGUUGAAGAGCUAAAGCCCCACAUCGAGAAGCGAGUGAGGACCAUCGUGGAGGAAAUCGUCAACGGAAAAGUGAUUUCCUCCACUGUCGACACCAAAGUGCAAACCAUCCAGUAACAUCUGCUCGGGCAGUUCUUGUGAUUUUAGGAGUGUUUUCUUUUCCUGUGAAGCUGGGUUUGGUCUUUAGGUGGCUGCUGCUUCUGCACAUGAAAACCUAAACUGUAAAUAAAAGUCACAGAACAAAGA